AACAUAUUGCUUCAAAAAGUAGCCUGACAACAAAACACGGAAUUAAUACAGGAGCCGCUGUCACUGAUCCAGAUUAUCCUGGGCAAGUGAAGGUACUUCUUUACAAUAUGCAUGCAAAAAAUUACAAAGUC